AUGGCUUUCGAUGAAGAGGCUUGUCAGAUGCAAGGGAUCAUUCUGAAGUACUCCACAAUCUUUGUGACGUUUGAACAGGUGUUGGUGACGAUUUUUCUCUGGGAGAUGUUGCUGAAAUGGUAUUAUGGCUUCUGGGUAUUCUGGAAGGAUGCCUGGAAUAUUGCUGAUUUCAUCAUCACAUUCACCUUAUUUGUGGGCUCCACAUUGUCGAACAACAAUGAGCUUUUCUAUGUGUUGAGAGUGCUGAGGGCACUGAGAAUCGUAAGGAGUUUGGCUGCUAUCCAGGGCCUGGCCAUUAUACUGCAGGUGAUUUUCCGGUCAAUUUCCGACAUGGCCAACGUUAUGUUCCUGCUCAUCUUGAUCAUAUUGGUGUUUGCUGUGUUUGGCGUGAUCAUCUUUGGUACCUAUGUUCCAGAUGAAUUUGGAAGUUUGGAAAGAGCCAUGUAUUCAUUGUUUGUCUGCAUCACGCUGGAUGGAUGGGUGGAAAUUUAUUCAAAAUUCAAGGAAACUAAUGGAGUGAUGAUGUAUUGGGGUGGAGUGUACCUCUUCCUGUUCCUCAUUGGAGGAUCUUUUAUCCUUGCAAACAUAAUGGUUGCUGCAGUAACUUCAAAUCUGGAGCAAGCAAUGUCAAAGGAAGAGGAGAAGAGGCAAACACUGACUGGUGGGUCCCCUCUGAAGACCAAGUUAAAAGAUGACACCAUGACUAGCCCAGAGAUGGACCUGGUGCAUAUGAAAGAUUGUAUCAAGCAAAUAAUCCUAGCUCAGAAACAGCAACCGUUGAGAUACAGCUCCCUGGAGAAUCUCAGCAUCUCCACUUAUGAGGAGUUUUGCCUGGUGCUGGAAGCCAUCCAAAAGAACAUUGAGGAAUAUAAGCAGAUUCGUGCGGAACUCAAUAGCAUUGUAAAAGAGAUGCGAGAUAUGUUUUCUAAUCGUGAGCCACAGAAGCAUUUUCUGCAUAACGAGAAAAAGAUAAUGGAGUUCGUCCAGACUCUGCUCACCAGUGAUAUCCCAACAUUAAAGAAGAAAGAAAUGCUCAGCAACAUCCUAGUAUUGGAAAAGACAUUCAAAAAGAACCAAAGCCCCUCUCAAAGCAAUUUAUACCAAAGAACACAGGAGCUAUCUUCCUCAAGGUUGAUGAAACAUGUACCUGAUAACUAGUUGCUUAGGAUCAGACUCAUCACACCAUCUGCUUCGCAUACGUUGCAGCCUCUGGAAGACUUGUCCCUUCAGCGCUGAGGAACUGUUCAAUGUCAUUCUGAAGUGGUUGCUUCCUGGACAGCCAUGAAAGUGAUCAGUGUAAUUGGAGCUCUUCAUUAUACUGGUACUUAAGGGGGCCCUACUUUACCAGAAGGUAGCCAUGGACAGUGAGGUGGAUCAGAAUGCUGCAGCAAGAGUUUUGGAGCCAUUUUGUUUCUGUCAUCUGAUUUUGACUGGUCGUUAUUCCAUGCUCCUCUAUCAGAUUCACCACAAUGAUGGCUUCUGACAUCAGAUUGAAAUGGAUCCUUGCCAGGAAGCACUGUAAUCAGUAGAAAGGGAACUUUCAGGUCAAAUGCCACUGAUACUGGCAUUCAGGCGACUUGACCCAUGGUGUGUUUGGUAACCCUUCACCAUCAUUGCUGUACUAUGGCACUAUAGCACCAAGCAGCUAUUCGCGCCUCUGCUAUCAACUGCUGUGAAUCUCGUGUAAAGAAAUGAACACUAUUCAUAUAGUGGCAGAUGAAAGACAAUUUUCAGCUCUGAUCAUGUGAUUGUGCAAUUGUACUGCAAGGUAAAUCAAUUAGAAAUGAAAGAUAA